AUGUUGAGAACUCGAAUUGUGGAUGGGUUGUCUCGUAGAUAUAUUCGCAGGUGCCUUGCGACCCAGGCGUUUCAUUAUCAGGUACCCGAGGAAUAUCAAUCGAGAACUCCCCCAUAUUCUAAAUUGAUUGAUAAAUUAUCAAAGGUGCAAAAAAUCAUCAACAACCAGCCGUUGACCCUUGCUGAAAAGAUCUUAUAUUCGCAUCUAUGUGAUCCAGAAGAGAGUCUAGUGUCAUCGAAUCUUGCCGAUAUCAGAGGUCAGCAGUACUUGAAAUUGAAUCCUGAUAGAGUUGCAAUGCAGGAUGCUUCAGCUCAGAUGGCCUUGCUCCAGUUCAUGACUUGUGGUAUGGCCUCAACUGCCGUACCGGCGUCUAUACAUUGUGACCAUUUGAUUGUUGGGAAAGAUGGCGCAGAUACAGAUUUGACCAAAUCAAUAGCAACGAAUAAAGAAGUUUUCGAUUUUUUGCAAAGCUGUGGUGACAAGUACGGUAUACAAUUUUGGGGUCCUGGAUCGGGAAUCAUUCAUCAAAUCGUAUUGGAAAACUUUUCUGCUCCCGGGUUGAUGAUGUUGGGAACUGAUUCUCAUACUCCAAAUGCAGGUGGGUUGGGUGCUAUUGCUAUUGGUGUCGGUGGUGCUGAUGCAGUGGACGCCUUAACAGGAACGCCAUGGGAAUUGAAGGCACCAAAGAUUAUGGGUGUCAAGUUGACUGGGAAAUUAUCUGGCUGGGCUGCGCCCAAGGAUGUUAUUACUACGUUGGCUGGCGUAUUGACCGUGAGAGGAGGCACUGGCUAUAUAGUAGAGUAUUUUGGAGAGGGUGUAUCAAACUUAUCGUGUACCGGAAUGGCCACCAUUACAAAUAUGGGCGCAGAGAUUGGUGCAACUACUUCAAUUUUCCCAUAUCAAGAGGCUCACAAAAGAUAUUUGAACCAAACAAAUAGAGGACCAAUUGCUUUAGCGGCUGAUGCAGUGAACAAAGACUUUAAGUUCUUGCAGGCUGAUGAAGGUGCCGAGUAUGACAGAGUUGUUGAAAUAAACUUAUCCGAGUUGGAACCACACGUUAAUGGACCAUUUACCCCAGAUUUGUCUACUCCAAUAUCUAAAUUUGGUAAAACUGCACAAAAGGAAGGAUGGCCAGAAACCGUGUCCGCUGGAUUAAUCGGAUCAUGUACCAACUCGUCGUAUCAAGAUAUGUCGAGAGCUGUCUCGCUCAUCAAACAAGCUGAGGCUGCAGGACUAAAGCCAAAGAUUCCAUUUUUUGUUACACCAGGCUCGGAACAAAUCAGAGCUACCAUAGAAAGAGAUGGACUCAUUGGUACAUUUGAAAAAAAUGGGGCUAUUGUAUUGGCAAAUGCCUGUGGUCCAUGUAUUGGACAAUGGGAUAGAACAGAUGUAGCGAAAACUUCAACUGAGUACAACGCCAUCUUUACAAGCUUUAAUAGAAAUUUCAGAGCAAGAAACGAUGGAAAUAGAAACACAAUGAAUUUUUUAACUUCACCAGAUAUGGUCACAGCCAUGAUUUAUUCAGGUGACAUUUCCUUUAAUCCGGUUACCGAUUCAAUAAAGUUGCCAAAUGGGGAAAGCUUCAAGUUUGAGCCUCCUGUUGGUGAAGAUUUGCCUAAUAGCGGUUUUGUCAAGGGACGUGAGGAAUUUUACCCUGACCCAAACCCACAGCCCAAGCCCGAAGUAGCUGUGAAUGUUAGUCCAACGUCGGAUAGAUUACAAUUAUUGGAUCCUUUCCAACCUUGGUCGGGAGAAGAAUUAUCUACGAAUGUGUUGUUGAAAGUUGAGGGAAAAUGUACCACUGAUCAUAUUUCUGCUGCUGGUGCUUGGUUGAAAUACAAGGGUCAUUUAGAGAACAUUUCAUAUAAUACAUUAAUUGGGGCAGUGAACAAAGAAACCGGUGAAGUUAACAAGGCAUACGAUUUUAAUGGAGAUGCAUAUGGUAUUCCUGAGUUGAUGAUGAAGUGGAAAGAUGAACAUAGACCAUGGAUUGUAGUAGCCGAGCAUAAUUAUGGUGAAGGUUCAGCAAGAGAACAUGCGGCAUUAUCUCCAAGAUUCCUCGGAGGAGCUAUGAUACUUGUCAAAUCAUUUGCUAGAAUCCAUGAAACAAAUUUGAAAAAACAAGGAAUGUUGCCUUUAACUUUUGCAAACGAGGAGGAUUACGAUAGGAUUCUGAGUACCGAUUUGAUAACCACACUCGAUUUGAAGGAUAUGAUUUCAAAAGAUGGUAAUAAUGGAGGUAACUUGAGGUUAAAAGUCACCAAAAAAAAUGGCGAGGAAUUUGAAAUUUUGGCUAAACACACAAUGUCUAAAGACCAAGUUGACUUUUUUAAGGCUGGAUCUGCCAUCAAUCACAUUGGUAAUUUGAAGAAAGCAAACCAAGAGAAAAGAGGAUAG